UUCUUGGCUCUGCCAUGUUGAAUUUAUGUUGAUAUAUCAUAUUUUUUGUGGUGCAGUUUUUUGUCAAUUGUAAAUAAGUUUAGUUUAAAUAUAAUGUGCAGUUGAGGAUGCUAAAAGUACAUAGUGCAAUGGAGAAUUUAGAAUUAAGCUAGGUUCGAACAUAUUUAUUUUGCUUCUUUUCAACAAAACAAAAUGCCAACACCACCUCCUCCGCCGCCCAUGGCUCCGGCUGCUCCUCCGCCCCCUACAUUUGUUCCUGCAAAGGGUGGUGGAGUGGACGACAGAAGCGCCCUACUCAAGUCAAUCAGGCAAGGAACAAAACUCAAAAAAACCCAUACAGUUGAUAAAAGCGCUCCCUUAAUAUCAGGAAAAGUCAGCAACAUAGGUAACAACAGUAAUUCUUCAAUUGGUGGUUCUGCUCCAUCUAAUAAUUCUACUCCAGCUACCUCGAAUGGCCUGCCUUUGGGUGGACUUUUUGCCGGUGGCAUGCCUAAGCUUAGGCCUACGGGAAAACUGGUUAUUCCUAUGGCCAAGGACAAUAACAAUGAGCCGGGAUCCCCAAGUUCAAAACCGGUUGCAUCAAUCAAAAAUUUCAGCAAUAUUCAAAAUGAACUGAAAAAACAGUUGGCUAGUGAUAAUAAAAAUAGGGGACCUCCGCCUCCAGCUCCGAUAAGAAACGUUAGUGUGGAGGAACCUAGAAGCAAUUUAAAUGGUGUGAGUUCGAGUACAAUGUCACUCAAAGUGAACCCAUCGAGCCUUCACAUGAACAACAGCACUUUACAUCGAAAAUCAAAAAGUAACGCCAACUUAAGUACUUUAGACGGUGUAGAUAGUGUAAAUAACGGCAUUCAGCUAAACAAGCCUGUGAUCAAUCAUGGAAAGCCAAAUUUGGCGCCAAAACCUCCAGUGUUAAACGGAAAGCCGACACCUCCCAACAAGUUAUCCAUCAAAAUAAACAAGCCAAUCAGUCGAGCACAAAGUAUGAGGUCGCCGCGAUCACCAGACCCGCAAAGUCCAAAUGAUGUUCCCGCCAAAUUUGGAACCGUUCGUCACAUGACUUCCGUAAUAGGACAAUCGUUGGCAAAUGCUUCUGGCCCACAAAAUCCAAGGCCGAGACCUCUUUUAAACGGACGCCCGUCAGUACCGCCCCCUUCUGUGCCUCCUUCAGCUCCAGCUGCGGCCCCUCCUACACCAAAAAUUCCAGUCAAACCUCCGAAUCAUGCACCACCCCCACCUCCUAGCAAUCUGCCGCAACCGCCUAGUCACGCGCCGCCACCACCUCCCCCGCCCCAUAAAACGCAACCGAUGAGGCCACCUCCUGCAGUGCCUGCUGGCAACAAUAUUACUUCAAAUCCACCACCUCCACCACCACGCCAUUCAUCCAUGAGAGACACGCAGAUGUCUCAGAAAGUGAUAGAUCUGGAAAAAAGGUUUAGGCAUAAAUUUAUGUCUCCUGACCUAUUUCCAAGACCUCCGCCUUAUAGGAAUGUAUUAAAAUUGUAUUCCAACAAGCAAGAAUCGUCUUGUUAAAGUUCAUCGGGAGUGAUGCAUGUUUCUUUCGGAGAAUGCAUGAUUUACCUUCAGUGAGCAGACUAAUGGCUUAUCUCUUAAUAUCUGAUUUUCUUGUAUUCUUUACUUUAUAUUACUUUAAGUAGCUUGGGAAAGUUUUCUAAAUAUGGUUUUCCAUGGAUUCUAAAAGCAAUCUGUAAAAACGGGAUUUACAAUUUUAGAGAGCUAAAAACAUUUGGGGAAUACAUGGGAUAUUAUUAACAAUUUUAAAGCCAGGAAUGUCUCUUUAAUAGCAUUUUUUGUGAUAAUCAAAUUUUUGAAACGGUAUAAUCGAUUGUAGGAAGACUUUUAUCAACAAAAAUUGUUUUUUAUCAACAAAAAUUGUUUUUGCCAUUGCAAAAUCCUUUAAGGUAAUAAUUUCUCUACUAACCUCCAACAAUGUGGUUUAAACCUAAAAACAUUUUAAAACAUUCUACUAUAGAAAUACUAUAAGUUUCAUUAUCAUGUCUGAAGAAACUCUCUCAUCUUUAGUAACUGAAUAAUUUGUAGUUGGUAAAGAAUACCAACUAGAAAUUCUUGGAACUAUUGUACAGUUAAAACUUCUUCCAACUAUGAAAAUUACCUAUCAGGGUAUUUUUGAAAAACAAAAAUGUUGGUUGGGAUAGUUUUCAAAACGACAACAUAUACAAGUAUAUGUAAUUAGCAAAUGAACUUUUUUAUUUGAUGUGAAAAAAAAAUCAUAUUUGAACCAAAUUGGGUCUCAUUUUUGCAGUGCAUUAUUUCUUACCUAAUCCUAUAUAUGUACGUCUAAUAACCAUUUAACUAAAACACUUAACUGGUUAACUAUUAAUUUUUCUGUAAGGAAGUUCGGGUAAUAUUUAAUUAAUUAUAAUGAUAGGUAAAACAUCCAAGUUAUAAAAACUAAUGUUUAUUUUUUAUUUAGUUUGGAACAGAAAAAACUGAGAGUUUCAAUCACAAAACGCCAAAAACAACGUUGUCAUCUUAAGUUGGAAUACUGUUCUUGCUAAACUUUAAAAACUUUACAUUGUAUUGGUAAACAAAUGUCAAUUAGAUUGUUUUUAUAAUUACCAAAUAUAGUUGUUAAUAAUAUUUCUUCCAACUUUUGGACUAUUCGGGAAAAAUCAUUUUUGCUUUUAUUAAAACCUGCUAAGCUCAAAAAUAUCAUAUUAGGAAUAACAAUUAGGGUCUAUGGCACGUAUGCACAUAUCAAGUGCCAUCCGUAAUUGUUUCAUUGCUAAUAAUUAAGGACUUCAUAUCUAGGGCAAUUAUGGAUGUUUAAGUAAGCGAGUAAAAUACAACAAAAUAAAAUUUCAUUGUAGUAUGUUCUUUUCAUGCAUAACAUGAAUUUGUUUUCAAACAGCUGAAGUAUCAUCAAUUUUUUUUUGCGCUGUUUGGGAUUUGAUGGCAUACAGAAUGAAUAUAUUGAAUUCCUUGAUGUCCCUAAAUUUUGUAGUAAUUUUUCCCAAAUACCCAAAUAUAUUGCAUUCUAUUUGACACAUAAUCCCACAGCCGCCAUUUUUUUUCUAACCAAGUCAAACUGUUUAAGAGAGCUAAAGUCUGUAUUCAUGUUGUCUAAAUAUUGUUUGCCUUCUCUUUGAUAAUUGUCCUCCUUACUGUGUAGUAUGUUAUCUUAGAUGCAUAUGUUAUGCAUUAAAAGAAAUACAUUAAGGUUAAGUGUCUUUUUAGUCUUUUAGGUUAGUAUCUAGUCAUUUGCACCUAAUUGUUGAUUUCCAUUACUUUAAACUUCAGUUUUCUUUACCUAAUUCAACUAUCUUUGCUAUCUAAUGCCUUCUGAUGCUCAAUUGGUUUAAGCGAUGUUUCCAACAAAAAUUAUUACAGCGUAGUCAAAGUAUCUAAAUAACCAUCAAUCUAUCUUUGUGUAAGAACAUAUAAAAAUCGUAAUUAAAGUAUAUUGUGUUAUGAUGUCCAAAGUUGCAAAUUGUCAUCAUUUUUGAAUUUCACCAACAAUAUUUAAUUUAGUUUAAAAUUUAAAGCAGGAAAGCAAUUAAAGAUACAUAGGACCUCAGAUACUAAUCUGGACUUCACGCCAUUUUCUGCCCAAAAAAUUCUACAUCCAAACUGAAAACUGGCGAAUUGACGAAAUGACAGUGGCCAUAUUGGUUGUCAAACACCGCUAGAUUGGAAGCGAGAUUUGAAACUACAGGUCUUAUUUGCCGACAACACUUUUUUCAUGGUGGCUUGAAAAGUUCCUGUGUUAUAAGCAUAGGCAGUGACUGUGUAUAGCUAGUAGCUGUACGAUUAGGACUAUUACUAUAUUGCUUUAAAAAAUUACAAAUAACUUGUUAAAAUUUCAGUAAAUAAAGAAGUAAAAACGGAACGAUUAAAGAAUUUAAUUUAGGUUAUGCAGCUUGAGAUUUGUGGCAGUAGGCAAUAUUAAUGUUAGAAAGAUUAUAACAUCCCUUAAACCAACGAAGCAAUAGCGAUAAAAAGGUUAUACAAACUUCAAUUAUUUGAAUAAAUGGAAACAAAUAACUAUAAGGCACAAAGUAAAAAAAACGUGACUGAUAAAUAUCUGUAAAUGGAAAAUUAAACUUCCUGUCGCUCUCUUUUCUGCACUCUUUUAACUGGAAGUUAGAUUAAUUUGCGUUAAUGUGGAAACAACCGCAGCCCAUCAAAUUAAUUAAUUUAUUGUAAAAAGGGAGAACUAUAUAACUAUAUUAUGAGUUUAUUUUUCAUUAAAAAUUUAACUUACACAUUAUUGCUGCAAAUGUGUUUGGUACUUUCUAGCCGAAGCUACAGUGGACUAAAGUAGAAGGAGAUAAAUGGUAAUAGUGGGCAUGAAAUCCUAAUUACUAAUGGGCUUUUUUAAAUAGCCGCUAGUGGCGGGACAUGUAUUCCGUUGAAGUCAUAAAAUUUUCCGUUUCUUAUGAGCAUAAAUCCACUUUUACUUUAUUUUACUUACUUUACCUGUUUUACUCUUGCUUACUUACCUUAGGUAGGUUACUUUCACUGACGGGUUGAAUAACCUAUUUUACAUCUCUGAACAAAAUUUCAAUCCGAUAUUCCCCUUUUUAUCACUCGUUUCCUUUAAAUUAAUUUAAAUUUUAUUAAACACUUAAGGAGUUUGUGUUUAUGUCAAAUCUUGUCAUAUAACUAAUAUGGCAAAAUCUCCUUCUUGUAGUCCUCUGUAGCCUUAACUUUUAACGAUAAUUUGUUGUAGUUGGCGGUAAACAACAAGCACCCCUUCCCCCCCAGUGUUUGCAAAACAGAAUAUGGAAUCCAGCGUCGACAAGCUAACGGUAAAUUUGCAAUGUUUACGUUAGUUUAGCUCAAAAUUCUUACGUUGUAAGCAUAUGGUAGUUAAAAAAUAUUAGCUGGACGCAUUUUUUGUUUGAGUACCGACAGAUUUUACUUACCCACAACUCAAUCGCUUCCAACAAUUUUUGGUCUAUUUUAUAAAAUAUAUUUCUGUAAACCAAAUGAAACAGAAACUUGACUGGUGUCUUACACUGGCAAUACUAUUAAUACCAUCGCAUUCGUUUAAAAACCAAAGGAACUAAAAUAAUCAAUUACCGGAUUUAAAAAAAAAUACAGCAUUAUUUUUUUUUAGCAGGUUGAGUGAUACUGUAAUUUUGUUUUUCUACUCCCUUCUCUAAAAUGCCCAAUCAUACGCCGAUCUAACCUGCGGAAAGUGUAAUUUUACCACGUGAGUUUUGUUUCCCACCGAUCCGAGCCACUUCGAACAUUUCCGCAUGGGUUUGGGGGCAAUCGGAUGUUUCCCACAGCGGGAAUUUUGACAUUUGUCAUUUCUGACGGUCGUACCAGUUAAUGUAUUCGUGUUGUCUUGCAAAAAUGUACUCAAAAACUAACGGUCGUAAAAAGUAUAGUAUGCAACACAUUUGGUUAGUUACCACACUUGCGUAAUAUACUAUUAUACUUCUGUUAAACGAGUGACUUAAAAUAUUUACCGAACGUGUUGCGUACUAUACUUUUUCUACGACCGUUAGUUUUUGAGUACCUUUUUGCAAAACACAGAUACAAACAAACAAACAAAUGACAAAAUUAAAGCCGUGGGAAAUAUUUCCGAAAACAUCAAACCAAACCCGUGCAGUAAUAUCCCGGAAAUAUCUGAAGUGGCUCGACUGCGUGGUAAACAAAAACUAGAUCCGUGUAUAAGUGGAAUUUUAGAGAAGGGAGUAGAAAACUUACUAUUUUUGGUUACACAUUUGAUGCUAUUAAUGAAGGGAUAGAACAUGUGACUUCUUCUAGUUAUCCUUUUAAAAAAAUCAUUGAAUUUUUAAUGGCCCACACAUCUGUUUCACUUGUGACAAAAAAAUAUCCCAAAAUUUACAUAAAACAACAAGUUUUAAUACUUUUAAUUCAUGCACAAUAUUGUGUUGCAUAUAAUGUCUUAUCGUUUUCCUAUUUCAGCAUUUUAGUAAAAUUGGUAAAUAAAAAAACAUCUAAAACAAAAUAUUUAAAUGUGUAUGCUGCUAGUGUAACAGUUGAAAUUUUAUAUUUGUGGUUUUUAACAUAAAUCAAACAUACCCGUUUAUAUUUCAUUGGGAGUAAAAAAAAAAUAAAUUAAUUAAAAAUCUACUGAAAUACAAAAUUUUGAUUCUCCUGUUAUUGGUAGACAUAAGAGUUUUUUCGGUAUAUCACACUAGUUUCUUAUUUUGUUAUUUUAGUAAAAUUGGAGAAAAGUUAUAUAAAAAACUAAAACAUAAAAAUUGCAAUGUCUUUCCUGCUAGUGGAACAAAUGAAAUUUUAGGUUCUUUUUAACAUAAAGAAAACAUAUCAGUUUAUAUUUUAUGGCAAAUAAAAAAAGAACUAAAAAUUUGUCGAAGUGCAAAAUUUUGAUGCUUCUGUUAUUGAUAGGGGUAAGAGUUUUUUUCGGUAUAUCACACUAUUGUUGAAUAAUUCGUUUUCAUUUAUUAUUAUAGAAAAUGAAAAGUUAGUCCAUUUGGCUGUGGAGUGUUGAUAAUUUUUAUUGUAAAUAUUAUAACUUGUAGUAAAGCAAUACGCUAGUAACGUAUUAUCAGUCAUUUCAUUCAGUUUAAUUUAAAUGUAAGAACGCAAGUUCCGGACGGCCUAUCACAGUUGUUAACCUGCAAGUGAACUAUGGUUUCAGUUUGGCGUUCCGUUGGGACAACAUUAAACUUUAUAUUUUUACCUAGAGUUAAUUGGAGACUUUAAUUUUAUAGUUUUACCUUUUAGUUCUAUGCUAGUACAAUCUGUAUUUUCAUUUUUUUUUAGAAUAGUAUUAUAUAUUUAUAUUGCAUUUUUCGUUAACAAUACUACUAGUCAGAUUUUAAACUUCCAUUAGCAAAGUAUCAGUGCCUAAACUGUCACUUAUAUAUAGUGUAUAUAUUUUGUAAUUUGUAAAUAUUACCUACUGUACAAAUUGUAAAAUGUUAAAUUAAAAUAAUA